GCGCAGAGCGGGCGGCGGGAGCGGCGGCGGCGGAGCUGCUGCUGCUGCUGCGCGACGGAGGGGCCCGACCCGCAGCCCGGUCCCCGCAGCCCUGUCCCGCGGCCCCCUCAGCGCCCCCCAUCGCCACCGGCCCCGCGCCCGGCUCUCCGCGGCGCAGGAAGGGGGGAAGGAAGGGAAGGACCCGCUCGCCGCGCAGCUGCGCCCCCCCCCACCCCCUCACCCCUCCUCCUCCUCCUCCCGCCUCACACCGACCAUGUCGCGGCCGCUCCCGCUGAACCCCCCGUUCCUGCCGCCCACCUACGGCGUGCUGAAGUCGCUGCUGGAAAACCCGCUCAAGCUGCCGCUUGCUCACGAAGACGCAUUCGGUAAAGAAAAAGACAAAGAGAAGAAGUUAGAUGAUGACAGCACCGGUACCACAGUCCCUCAGUCAGCUUUCUUGGGGCCAACAUUAUGGGACAAGACACUGCCAUACGAUGGAGACACUUUCCAGUUGGAAUACAUGGACCUGGAAGAAUUCCUCUCAGAAAAUGGCAUUCCACCCAGCCCAAACCAGCACGAGCCUAGCCCACACCAGUCAGGUCUCCAGCAAGCUACCUCAGCAUCACCUUCUGUCAUGGACCUCAGCAGCAGGGCUUCUACUUCAGUCCAUCCAGGCAUGGUGUCGCAGAACUGCAUGCAGAGCCCGGUCAGACCAGGUCAGAUCUUGCCAGCAAACCGAAACACACCGAGUCCCAUUGAUCCUGAGACUAUCCAAGUCCCUGUCGGCUACGAACCCGACCCUGCAGAUCUUGCUCUUUCCAGUAUUCCUGGCCAGGAGAUGUUUGAUCCUCGUAAGCGCAAGUUCUCUGAAGAGGAGCUGAAGCCCCAGCCCAUGAUUAAGAAAGCUCGCAAAGUCUUCAUCCCAGAUGACCUGAAGGAUGACAAAUACUGGGCAAGGCGCAGAAAGAACAACAUGGCAGCGAAGCGCUCGCGGGACGCGCGGCGGCUGAAGGAGAACCAGAUCGCCAUCCGCGCCUCCUUCCUGGAGAAGGAGAACUCGGCGCUGCGCCAGGAGGUGGCCGACCUGAGGAAAGAGCUGGGCAAGUGCAAGAACGUCCUGGCCAAGUAUGAAGCUCGACACGGCCCCCUGUAAAUCCGAGAGGGGGGCAAGUGGGGUUUGGUUGUUUGUUUGGUUUUUUUUUUCUUUUUCCUUUUUUUUUUUUUUUUUUUCUCCUUGUCGCAGGUUGGCAUUUGACUAGAUGGACAAUGUGUUUCCUGUUUGAUAGCACCACGCCCAAACCAACCUUUCUGUCUUCAGCACUUUACCAGAAGCAGAAACAAAACUGACUUAACGUUGGUUUUCUGUUUUGUUUUGGGUUUGUUUUGUUUUGUUUGCGUGUGCGUGUCCCCGCGUGUGUGUGUGUGUGUG